GUGAUCAGUUGUGCAUCGGACAUUUGUGUCUUUGAGGAGAGGUAUUCACGUUGACCAUGGAGAUAUCUGGUUUGAUUUAUCUUUGGAUACCGAUUUACAUAACAGCCAGUUGCCUUAAUAACUGUCAGAGAUGUCGACAAGAUAUUGAUUCGUGCCAAAGGUGUGAAGAUGGGUAUUACAUAUCCGAUGGAACCUGUUACAUGUGUGGGAACACUGGAUGCCUAUGUAGACAUCAAAAUGAAUGCUAUGGAUGCAAGGAAGGUUUUUACAUCACGUAUGACUUCUGGAGAAACCUAAAAUGUGAGAAAUGCAUGACAUCGUGCAGAUCAUGCACUAACAAUGACAGAUGCAGUGCAUGUAAGCCUGGUUUUUAUGGUAGGAGAUGUGAAAAACCGUGUUCCCCGGGAUGUUUAAACACAUGCGACAUAUUCGGACGGUGUCAUUGUAAACCAUACUUUACUGAUUCACUGUGUGAAACAUGUAUAAAUAGAUUUGAUGGUGAAAACUGCAGCCAAAAGUGUAGCCCGAAUUGCAGUGCCUGUACUGAUGAAAACAGCUGUAUUUCGUGUAUAAUAGGAUAUUAUGGGCCUUAUUGUCAGCUUCCCUGUCUUAGCUCAAUGUGUUCGAAUGGUGAAUGCAACAAACAAAGUGGAUUUUGUUCCUCGUGUGUCACCGGCUAUACUGGAUAUUCUUGCAAUCAAACAUGCUCGACCGGAUGUUUGAAUGAUACGUGUGACCAGUUCAGUGGACAAUGCACACACAAGUGCAAAACCGGAUUCCAUGGCGAUAAGUGUGAAUAUUCCUGUCCACCUAAUUGUCAAUUAUGCACAUCUGUGAAUUACUGCUCUAAAUGUGAAGAUGGAUUCCAUGGCAAUACAUGUGAAUAUUCAUGCCCAUCUAAUUGUCAAGUAUGCACAUCUAUGAGUAGCUGCUCUCAAUGUAAAGAAGGAUUCAAUGGCUCGACAUGCGAACAUAACUGCCCAGAUGGAUGCUCAAGGGCUAUAUGCAACAGUUCUGAUUAUUGCCAAUAUGGUUGCCAACACGGUUACUGGGACAGAAAUUGCGACCGGAAAUGCAAGGACAAUUGCACCGCCUGUGAUCAAAUCACCGGGGCGUGUUUGCGAUGCUUAUCUGCUAGAUAUUAUGGCGGUGAAUGUGAUACGCCCUGCAAUACUAAUUGUGUCAAUAUGUCUUGUCAUAUAAAUGGAACAUGUACAAGGGGAUGUAAUGGUAACUACUAUGGUUCAUCUUGUGAAACGCCGUGUUCGGAACACUGUGCUCGGUUUGAGAAUGAAUUCGCAUGUUCAUCCGAUACAGGAAGGUGUAUGUUUGGCUGCGCUGAAGGAUUUACCGGAAGCAUGUGUAUGCAAGUGAUUAAGCAAGAGAGUGAUGGUGGGAAUAUGCUUCCAGCAGCAAUCGGAGCUGGGUGUGCCGCUUUUGUCAUUAUUGCUAUUGCUGGGGCGGUAGGAGUGUUUGUUCACGUUCGUGGAAGAAGUCCAAUCUACGAUACUGUUCAACGAGUAAACAAUGCCAAUGUCCCUGAAGAACUUACGUAUGCUGCCCUGCAGGCAAAUGAUUCAGUCCGUGCAACGGACGUGUCUGCGCACAGUCCCGUGUGUGGUGAAUCGAAUGCUGAAUACCUGAACACAGACAAUUAGCAAGACACGCAUGCGAUUGCGACCUGAACAACGACUGAAGGACUUAAAUGUUAUUGUGUCAUAAUGAACAUCUCCACGUAUAGAACGGUCAAUUGUAUCGGACAUGCCUUUAAGUAUAAAACGCGUUUCAUCAUCAGCAUAACUAAGGAUAGCGUAUUCCUAUUGUCAUAUUCAGAAAUAUAUUUUCUAUAUUUUUACAAGUUACUAUAGAUGCAUUUAUUUGUAUAUACACAUGUGAUGAUUCAACUGUCCUAUAUCUUCAAUGUAAUUUAAUAAUGUAUGAUGUCUUUAGUCUUCUUCUCAUAGUGUAUAUUGUUUAUUUUUUGUUAUUUAUGCAUCAAUUUUGCUAAGCCAAAUUAUAAAUCACCAAUACAUUAACAGCUUCUCGGUGGCAUAUCGACGGUGUUUACCCGAAAUAUUAUUAGGUGUACUAUAUUUUUACAACUUUCAAAAGACGCAUUUAUUAAUUUAUACACAUUUGAUAAUUCCACUAGUAAAUGUGUACAAUGUAAUUUAAUAAUAUAUUAGUUCGUUAGUUUACUUCUCGUCGUUUGUAUUGCUUAUUUUUAUGUAAUGUAUGUAUCAAUUUAGCUUAACAAAAUUAUAAAUCAACUUUACAUUAACAGCUCUCUGUUGCAUAUAGAUUUUUGUUUCUCCGAAAUAUUAAGACGUUAUUUCAAUUAAUUCAAUAAUAUAGCAAUACUAAUAUAUUAUUUACCGUAACAUAAAAAUGUAACCAUUAAAUGAUUCGAAACAUGCGCACAGUUGGAUUCACACCAACUCCUACAGCAAUAUCGCAUAUCUCCAGAGUCGGUUCUUUGAUUAGAUCUUUCUAUAGCCGUGACCCCAUCUUGAAUAAUUUAACAAGUGUUUUGUUCGAUGAAUCAAGUAUCGUUUACUACUAGCUCUAAGGACUGUCUCACCUGAUCAUGCUUCUGAAUUUUGAUUAUUAAUAUGUUUAUUAUACAAGGCAUUAUUACGCAGAACAUGGUGUGCAUAUUGUGUGCUUAUGUUUAGCAUGCAUCUUCUAGAACUUUAUCAGUGUUAUAAAAAAGUAAAGCAACAUGAAUGUGUCCUUUGAAUUUCACAUGAUGUAUGAACCCAAUUACAUUUUAAUAUCCCUGUUAAAUAUAUAUAAAUAAGAUAAUGUGUGUUUUUAGAAAGAAAUAUAAAGAGAAUUAUCUUAUUUAUCAGAUAAAACAUUAAGUACUUCAUUGGAUGCUACAAACAAUGUACAUAGAGCUUAUAGCAAUUAUCAAUUGAAGGUUUUUCAAACGGUCAUCGGGAAUGCGUAUUAUUUUAACCGUCUUUAAAUCGGGCAUAAUCAGUGUGGUUUGUGAUAAUCAUCAAACGAUUGUUCGCUUGGGUCGAAAUUUUUAUGUUGAGGUACUUAAACUUCGUUUUUCUGGUGAAAUAAACACCUAUCGAGUUAACAGUAUCACAUUAGCAACACAUCAUCAGUUUUAAUCAGUUUUAUGUUUAGUGUGGUGGUAUAUAUGUAUUUUCCUGUAUUGUAUAGCUAAUAGGCAUUUGUAAUAAAAUAAAACACUUUA